GCGCCAUUGUACUUUUGCUGUGAUUGUAUCGUAUACCUGGAGGCCUCGGGAAGGUCGUCGUUCGCUCGUUUGCACGUCGUCGCUGGGCGGGUUCUGGUGAAUAAGACGCGGAGCGCUGGCCAGUCCAAAGCGAUGACUCGCUUCGGCGAUUUUCAGCCUUUAUGUACCAACACGCCCUCGUAUCCCUGGUGCAAUCUCUUCUAUCGCCAGCUCGAGCAUGAAUCCCCCUCUACGCUCGCCGGUGUCUCUGCAGACGCCGUCUCGGCACCCGUGGGCAUCAACCCCGUCUGCGGCGCACUCCGACUAGGGCACGACGGCUCGCUGGGCAACGUCGCCAAUAUCGUCGCAUGCGCCGUCAGCAUCAUCUUUGUCGUAUUGCUUAUCGUCUUUACCAGCCGGCGCACGGCAGCUGUCGGCCGCGUCGAGCUGCGAUACUUUCAAAUCCUCUACCUCUUCACGCUCCCCUUCCAGCUGGUCACGACCGGCGGCUUCCUCGAGCAGGGCUCAACAGCCCUCGUAGUCGUCACCGCCAUUCACGCCGGCCUCGUAGCCGCGCUCUUUUGGACCUUGCUAGCGAAUGGAAUAGUCGCCACGCAGGUGGUCGAGGACGGCACACUUAGCUCGCUCAUACCCUUCCACUUCUUCACCCUCGCGUUCUUCGCCGCGACAACGUACAUAUCCCUCGAUGUCGCUUUUACGUACACGAGCACGUUCGGUCCGUCAGUGCCCCCGCAGGCGCUGCACAGUACUCCGCUCUUUGUGUUCACGAGUAUCUGGCCCGGCGCCGCGGCGAUCCUGUACUUCCUCCUGAUGCUCUACAUCGUGCUCGGCAUCCUGAACGAGGUCCGGCCCGUGUGGUACUUUAUCCUCGCCGCGACCGUCUUCGUCCUUUCCCAGCUCGACUACUUCCUGCUCAAUAAGGUUAUCUGCAGGGGGAGCAACGCGAGAGUGGACGGGUCGUUCGUGGCGACGAUACUCGAGACGGCGGCUGUGGGCAUACUAUACCUUGCGUGGAAGAGUAUCACGGAAGACUCGUGGGACGACGCUGCGUACUAUCCAUGAAAGCCGUGCGCAGCGCAUGAAGAGGGCGACGAUCUAUCCAUCUACCUACCUGUUGUGUGUUGUUAGAUUCCACACCCGUUGCAGGCGAGCUGCUUUGUUUAAUAACUCAUCGUAUUGGUUGCUGCUCUUGUGUGUGCUCUCUGUUUUCGCGUAUUGUUAUAAUCUACCUGUUCCACCGCAGAUCCAGGGUGACCGUUGCGGGCAC